UUUAUAUUCACAAUAUCAUUAUUUCCUUAAUUUUUCUUCCACAAGACCUUUAUGAAAUCCAGAAAGACUCAAAUGUAUAUACCCAACCUCUGAAAGGAGUCCAUUUUAGAGAUCUAUAUUUUUUCCCUUGGUUUUAAAGUCUGUCCUAAUUCAUCACCAUUAUUUGUAGUGUUUUUUUUGUAAACGUUUUCCUCUAAUUCAAGAAUAGAACAAUAGAGUCUCAUCAUACACUCAUAUAUACUUUCAUGCUUAGAAAGCCUUAUUUCUUUUCCAUACAAUUUAGCAUGUAAACACAAGCAAACUACUUCAUCUAGUGCUCACCCAGAGGAACAGUAACAUACACCAGCACUGUAGAGAGAGAAUUGGCUGAAUGUUUUUGAGAGAAGAUAACACUACAUAUAAAAUGACAUAUUCUAUAUUUUUGAGCUAUAGGAGGAGAAAGUGGUUUUUACUACAAGUAAUGUUCAGCAUAAACAGUAAAUUUAGAACUUAAUCUCUACAUAAAUGCAACUCCAUAUAAACUAUUUACUUCAAAAUGAAAAGCACAGAGAAAAAUAAUUGAAAUCAUUUGUAAACCCACCCUGAGAAACAUAAUGUUCAUAUAGAUAUCCAAUCUUUCUAUAUGUAUGUUAUAUACAUGUAGUGGGUUGAAUAUUGUCCUACAAAAAUUCAUUUCAACCUAGAACCCCAGAAAGUGAGUCUUUGGAAAUAGGGUGUUAGCAAAUAUAAUUAGUUAGGUGCACUCGUACUAGAUUAGGGUGAGUCCUAAAUCCAAUAACUGCUGUUCUCAUAAGAAGAGGGGAUGCACAGAGACACGGGAGAAGGUCAUAGGGCAACACAGGUUGGCCUGGGAGCUAUAAACCAAGGAAUACCAAGAUUACCGGCAACCACCAUAAGCUCGGAAAGAGGCAUUGAACAGUUUUUCCUCCAAAUCCUCCUCUAGAGGGAACUAACUUGGCUAACCUUGAUUUUGGACUUCUGGUCUGAAUUGUGGAAGAAUAAAUUUCUGUUAAGCCACCCAGUUUGUGGCAAUUUGUUAGGGUAGCCCUAGGAAGCUAAGACGUUUUCAUAUUCAGUAUUACAUGAACAUAAUACUACUAUUACAUACUGACCUAUGUCACUAUCCUGAAAUGUGAUGUUUAAUUGUAUUGGCUCAUACAGAUGUAAUUUAUUUAGCCAUUUACUUAAAAAUGGACAUUUGAGGUUCAUAUAUGAAUUUUUUUAUCCAUCCCCAACAAUUAAUCCCUAGUGUGAAAAUGCUUCCUUUGUUGUUAACGAUAUUAAUUUGUGUUGCCAGGUUUACAAUGAUGCUAUUGGUAGCAAUUUAUGCUACCAUUAGCAGCAUACAAUCUGUGCAUGCUCAUUUACCCCAAAUCCUUACCAAUACUGUGUAUUGUCUUUUGAAAUAAUGUUUGCCAAAUUAAUAGGCAAAAAUUUAAUCUUCCUUUUUUCUUAAUAAAAAGGUAAGAUAUGAAAUCUGAGGGGGUGGGGGAAGAAAGGGAGAGGGGUACAGGAAGCACAAAGUAAAAAUAAUGUUGAACACUCAGAUUAACUAAUCUUUGAUUAACCUUUGAAUAAUUUUUCUUUGCAUAUACAUAUGUAUUAUUUUAAGAAGAAUGGGAUUAUACUGUACAUACCAUUUUGUAACCUUUACGUUAUAAUCUUUCCAUGUCAUUAAAGAAUCUGCCACAACACUUAAAGACUUUCUCAUUCCAGGAUAUAGAUGCAUUAUAAUUAAUACCCAAUUAUUGAGCAUUUAGAUAUUUUUCACUGGGGCUAUUUAAACAAUAAUGAGUUUGUAGCUAUAUCUUUGCAAACACUGAGGACUUUUUUCAUUAGAAUAAAUAGUCAUGAAAUAGUUCAAAUUUAAAGACUAGUUGAAUUAUUUUAUGCCUUAAAAGCAGAGCAUAAAACUACUUCCCUAUGUGUUCUUAGCAACAUUGGACUUUAUAAUAUUUUUUAAUCUUUAUCAAUUUGAUAGAUAAAAAGACUCAGUUUAUAGUUCUUUAUUAGUAAUAUAAAGUCAUCUCUUCACAAGGCCAUUUGUAUUCUGUGUAUUAACUAUUCAUAUUCCUUGUAAAGUAUCUGUUCCAUAAGUAGUAAAUGUUUUUCCCAGUUAGCCUAUUUUUUUAUGUGCAAGUUUUAUGUUUUCAUGUGGUCAUUUCAAUAUUCUCUUUUCACAUUUAAGUUUUUGACAUUUUUCCAGAGGAAAGUGUUUUUACCCCCAAAUUCUAUACAUAUUUACCUUUACUUUAUUAAUUUUUAAAAUAUUUAAUAUCUUUUGACUUAGAGUUUAGUUUGGUAACAAGUAGUAUAAGGUAAGAAUCUUAGUUUGAAUUUUUCAAAAUAGUUAGGCAAUGUCUCAGCACCAUUUAGUGUAUAGUCUCUCCACUGACUUGACAUGCCUGCAUCGUAUAUAUGAAUUAUUUAGAUCAUACCUACCAUAAGAAAACUGAAGUGGCUAUACUAAUAAAAGAUAAAUAGACUCUAAAAAAGACUACUAGAAAUAAAAUAACAUUUUAUAAUGUCAGAAGGGUCACUAUCAGGAAAAUACAACAAUUAUAAACAUGCACCUAACAACAAAGGUACAAAAUAUGUUUAAAACUAACAAAAUUGAAAAUAACAUACGAUUCAACAAUAAUCGUUGGAGACUUCAAUAUCCCACUUUCAAUAAUGGACAGAGCAAGCAGACAAAGGAUCGACAAGAAAACAUUCGAACAUAAUAAACCAACUAGACCUAAGAAACAUCUGUUGGAACACUACCCAACAAUAGGAAGAUACAUAUUCUUUUAAGCACACAAGGACCAUUCACCAAGAUAGACCAUUGGUAAGUCUUAAAAACAAGUCUCAAAUUUAAAACGAAUCAUACAAAGUACAUACAAUGGAGUGAAAUUACAAAUCAGUAACAAAGCUGGGAAAUAUGUGGAAAUUAAAUAGCAUGAUCAUAAAUAACCAAUGAGUCAAAGAAUAAAUCUCAAGAGAAGUUAGAAAAUUCUUUGGAAUUAAUGAAAACAAACAUGUUACAUACCAAAACAUGAGAUGGGGCCAAAGCAUGCAUAAAGGGAAAUUUACAGCAGAAAAUGUCUACAUUUAGAAAAAAAAAAAUCAACCUUUCACUUUAGGAAACUAUGGAAAGAUCAAACUAAACCCAGAGCAUGGAGAAGAAAAUAAAGAUUAGAAAUUAAUUAAUUAAUAGAAAAUAGAGAACAUUAAUGAAACCAAAAGUUCUUAAAAAAUUUUUUAAUUGAUAAACCUCUAGCUAGACUGAUCAAUAAAAUAAGACUCAGAUUAUUAAAAUCAAAAAUAAAAGGGGACACCAUUCUUAACCACCUUACAGAAAUAAAAAGGAUCAUAAGGGAAUAUUAUAAGUAACUGAAUGUCCAUAAAUGAGGUAAUCUAGAUGAAAUGGGAAAAUUCUGAGAAAAACUACUUAAACUGAAUCAAGAAGAAAUAAAAACCUUAAUAAAAUAGACUGAAUUACUAAUUUAAAGGCAUCUAUGAAAAACAUUUAACACCAUAUUUAACGAUAAAUGACUGAAUAUUUUCUCCUAAAUCUCCUAAGAGAGGAUGUCCACUCUUGUUAUUUUUACUCAGCAUUGUUCUGGAGGUUCUAUCCAGGAAGGUAAAAGCAAGAAAAAUAAAAAAAAGGUGUCCAGAUUGGGAAGCAUCAAGUAAAACUGUACUUGCAGAUGACAUGACCUUAUAUAUAGAAAACCCUAAGGAAUCCACUAAAUUUAUUUAGAAUACCCCAACUUUAUUCUUCUUUUUAAAAGUUGUCUUGGCUAUUCUGAGUCCUUGAAUUUCUAUAUGAAUUUUAGGAUUCAGCUGUCAAUUUCUGCAAAUAAACCAGAUGGGAUUUUGAUACAGAUCACAAUGAAUCUGUAGAUCUGGGGAGUCUUGCCAUUUAUUUAGGUCCUUUAAAAAUUCUUUUAGCAAUGUUUCAUAGUUUUCAGUGCACAAGUUUUGCAUUUGUACAUGCCUUGUUAAUGGUCAGCUGAUUUUUGAAAAGGGUGCCAAGAUAAUUCAUUAGGGGAAAACAUAUUCCUGGUAACUAAAUAUCUAAAUACAAAAGGAUGAAGUUGCAUCCUUUCCCUAUACCACACGCAAAAUGUAGAAUAGAGCAUAGCAUAAAAGAGAUAAAACUAUAAAGCUCUUAGAAGAAAAUAUAGAAACAAAUCUUUGUGAUUUUAGGCUAGGCAUAAACUUCUUAGACACAAUACCAAAAAUACAAGCAACAAAAGAAAAAAAUGAUUUCAUCAAAAUUAAAAUCUUCACUUCUUCAAAUAAUACUUUCAAGAAAGUGAAAAGACAACCCAUAGAACUGAGGAAAAUAUUUGCAAACCACAUAUCUGAUAAAAAAAAAACUUGUAUUAGAAUACAUAAAGAACUCUUACAACUCAACAAUAGAGACAAAACCCCGUUGUAAAAUGGGCAAAAGAUUUGAACAGACAUUUUUCCAAGAAUAUAUACAAAUGUUCAGUAAGCACAUAAAAAGAUGUUCAACAUUGUUAUCCAUCAGAUAAAUGCAAAUCAAAACCGAAGAGAUAUAACUUCACACUUUUUAGGAUGGCUAGAAUCAAAAAGACAGUAAAAAGUGUUAUCAAAGAUGUGGAGAAACCAGAACUCUCAUGCAUUGCUGGAGGAAAUGUUCAGUUGUAGCCACUUUAGAACACAAUUUUACAAUUCCUCAUGGUCUUGUCUUAUGACUCAACAGUUCUAUCCUUAGGUAUAUAUCCAAAGAGAUGAAAACGUAUCCAUGCAAAAACUUGUAUACAGCUCCGCGGCCUCCGGGCGUCUAAGCGGGAGCUCGGCUGCGCGCGUCCCCGCGGUGCAUGCAGGGCGCCCUUCUGCCGAUCCCAGGCGCUUCCUCGGUCGGAGCGCGGCGUUGCCGAGAUUUGGGGGCCGCUGAGACCGAGGGUCUGGCGGCCGCAGGGACGACCCAGUGAAGGGGCUCCGGCCCGGGAGGUGCUGGAACAUGGGCGCCGAGCUGCAGUUUGUUUGACAGUUGCCAGACUAUGUUUACACUUCUGGUUCUACUCAGCCAACUGCCCAUAGUAACCUCCGCGUUUCCUCAUUGCACAAGAAGUCCAACGGAGUCUGGGCAUGCGGGAAAAGAGGUCUUUACAUCAAAAGAAGAAGCAAACUUUUUCAUACAUAGACGCCUCCUAUAUAAUAGAUUUGAUUUGGAGUUCUUCACUCCCGGAGACCUAGAAAGAGAGUGCAAAGAACUGUGUAAUUAUGAAGAAACCAGAGAGAUAUUUGUGGAUGAAGAUAAAACGACAUUUUGGCAGGAAUAUUCAAUUAAAGGACCAACCACAGAAUCAGAUGCCAACAGAGAGAAAAUCGAUGUUAUGGGCCUUCUGACUGGAUUAAUUGCUGCUGGAGUAUUUUUGGUUAUUUUUGGAUUACUUGGUUACUAUCUUCCUAUCACUAAGUGUAACAGACAUCCAGGUUCUUGAGCCACAUACGUGUGGGGCAGGCAUGCUUCCUCCAUCAUUUUCAGAAGACCUGAGGAGGCUGUCUUUUCUCCAUCACCACCUUCACCAGAGGACACAGGAUUACCUUCUUAUGAACAGGCAGUGGCACUGACUAGGAAACACAGCGUUUCACCAGAACCACCAUAUCCUGGGCCAGCAAAAGGAUUUAGGGUAUUUAAAAAGUCUAUGUCGCUCCCAUCUCGUUAAGCCCAUUUUGCCAUCUCGGUAGUAUGGAAGAUUCAUCUUAUUUGAAUGGUUUGUGUUCCCUGAACCAGAAAGGACACGUCAACUCAGCCCUCCAUGACAAACUGCAGGGAGCAGAGGAGGAAUAAGCACGAGUUCUAUACCGCAGAAGUUCUGUCAGCAUCUUGGACCUGAACCUGAUUAUUAUCAGCUUGUUAAGAAACUUGACUCCAUAUCCUUUCAGUUAAGCAGAGAAGACUUUUUUUGUUUAUUUUAAUGGUUCAAAAAAAUCUGUGUCAUGGAUGUCAAAGAUUGAACUGGUGAAAUAUCUGGAUCCUGCAUACAAAUAAGGGAUGGAGAUUUCUUGUGUUAAGUAUUUUAAAAAGUAAGAGUUUCUAAUCAUUAGAUUAUCUCAAGUCAUUAUAUUGGACCCAUUCUUUACUAGCAUCACUUUUUUGGUUGGUAAUACUUCACAGAAUUUGACAUUUCAGUGUAAAUUGGUGGCCUUACUAUGAUCACUUGGUUUUAAAUUUUAAAUUAUUGCAUAGCAUUCAUAUUUUGUAGGUUUUAGUUGUUAACUAUUGUUAUCAGUCAUGUUGUAUUAUGGAGAGUGGGGUCAGUAGUUUUUUUUAAAAAAAACACCUACUUGCUAGGGAGUUAGGUCUUCAGUGGGUGCAAUAUUGCAAUGGCAAGACUUGAAAGGGUUGUUAUUGUAGCAAAUAAAUAAGUAGGCCUCAAAUCUAGGAGUGACUAGAACUUGAUAAAGUUGUCCAUGUUACUGACAAGUAGAAACACCCAUUUUCAUUGCUGAAUUACCUAUAUAUAACUAUUAUGUACCUUGAAAUUUUGUUAAGGCUUGAUAAAUAAUAGUUUGAAAACAUAACUUACUUUCCUGGCAUUAAAAUUAUACUGAUUACAGUUACCAGCAACCCAUUGUACAUCUUAAUGUCUGGACAAAACACCAUAAGUCAUUAUUUCACCCUAUACUGCUAAUCCUAUAUAUGACCAGUCUCUCCUUAAGAAUGUAGUAGAGUAUAAGCUAUAAACCUUCGGAGUGAGUGUGGGACCAAAGUUAUGUUAGCAGGUGUGUAUAUAUCUGUGAAUUUUUUUCGUCUUUGUAGGAGCUCAAGAAAUAACAUACCCCUGAGAAAUAGAACAUUGUGUUUUGUUUUUGCCAGUAUUGCAUUUUCCUAUUAUUUAAGACCACUUAUGAAAUUGUAUUUUGUUUUAUAAUUUUCAUUAGGGUAAAACUAAAACCCACAUGCAUUUGAUAAUCCUUUCCAAAUUAAAUGUUUAGAAAGUAUAAAUCAUUACAGUAUGUGAGAGUGUAUGUGUCUCUUUUAAGACAACAUGAUCUCAAGUCAGAUAAAAGCAAGGCCUUAAUCAUCAUAGACUGCCAGAGACUUUAUUGUUUCAGUCUUGGCAUCUCUUCAGUUGUUUGUCAUAAAGCAAUCAUCUAGCAACAUUUAGAUAUAAGGGAGAGUUGACUUUUUAAAGCCACCUACAUUACCUAUAAAAAUUUUACUAUUAGUCAUACCUUGGCCUUACAGAGCACAUUUUCUCAUGUAACUUUGCAUUUUGCACUUAUUUUAAUCUUCUUUAAAA